CUGUAUUUUUGGAUACAGCGUCGGGGUCUGGUUAGCCUUGUUGGGAGUGCUGGAACAUUAACCGAGCUCGGUGGAGAAAAGAGGGGAGACAGGGAGAGGGGAGAGCCAUGAAAGACCACUGGCUCACCAAUUCGACUCAAUGGUACUCACCUUGAAAUUAAAAACCAUGUAACUAAAGAAAAGUAACUCCCUCUCCCUAGUCAAAUCCGCUCUUUACCGGAGGUUCAUUACUUAAUGUGGAAUACCUGUGGAUUUUUCUUUUCUGUAAAAAAACAAACAAACAAACAAAUAAACAAGAAUCCGGAUAAAACAGAACAGCUGUCAACAGAUGAUGCGCGCCAGCGACUAGACGCACCGACGAUGACCGAAGUUAAAGAACAAGAUUUCCCCUUGGCGGAAAUACACGUUUUAACAAUUUAACGUCACUUUGGAAAAGUUCACACUCUCAGUCCAAAAUUGAAGAAUUUGUUCCCUCUCCUUUUUCAUUCAAGAAGGAUGAGUGGAGGUCGCUUUGAGUUCGAUGACGGCGGCGCGUACUGCGGCGGCUGGGAGGGAGGCAAAGCGCACGGACACGGCAUCUGCACUGGACCGAAGGGUCAAGGCGAGUUCUCCGGUUCAUGGAAUUACGGUUUCGAGGUGGUCGGGGUGUACACCUGGCCCAGCGGGAACACGUACGAGGGCUACUGGUCUCACGGCAAGCGCCAUGGCCUGGGCAUUGAAACCAAAGGCCACUGGGUGUAUAAGGGCGAGUGGACGCAUGGCUUCAAAGGCAGGUACGGCACGCGCACGAGCCUCAGCAGCGGCGCCAAAUACGAGGGCACGUGGAAUAACGGCCUGCAGGACGGCUACGGCACCGAGACCUACGCGGAUGGCGGCACCUUCCAAGGCCAAUUUACGGGUGGAAUGCGACAUGGCUAUGGUGUGCGUCAGAGCGUUCCAUAUGGCAUGGCCGCUGUGGUGCGCUCUCCUUUGCGCAACUCCCUAACCUCACUGCGUAGCGAGCACAGCAAUGGCACGCUGCUACAGCAGGAUGUUCCCAUUAUCACCACCACAAACGCAUUAGGCCAGGAGACUGUUGUCACCUCGUCUAAGCCUAUGGGGCCUUCACGUGGUGGCUUUGCUCUCAGCCUACAUGGUGACCCUGAACUUGCCAAGCCAAAGAAGCGGGGCCUUUUCCGUCGCGGCUCACUGCUGGGCAAGCUAACCAAGUCAGAAUCUCGCACAUCCCUCUCCAGCCAGAAGAGUAAGAUCAGCUUCCUGCGCAGUGAAUCAGGUCUCAGUUCAGCGACUAGUGAUGCCAACUCUACCAUCAGCAUGGGUGACAGUGAAGCAGAAGGUGAGGGCCACGAGUUCCCACCUGUCGAGGCUGACAUUGACGCCACCACCACAGAGGUUUACAUGGGCGAGUGGAAGAAUGACAAGCGCUCAGGCUACGGCAUCAGCGAGCGCUCCAGUGGCCUCAAGUACGAGGGUGAGUGGCUGGACAACCAGCGGCAUGGCUAUGGCUGCACUACAUUUGCUGAGGGCGGUAAAGAGGAGGGCAAGUACGUACACAACGUGCUAGUGAAAGCUGUGAGGAAGAAGGUGAUUCAACUGAAGGGCACCAAGGUGAAGCAAAAAGUGGAAAGGAGUGUCGAAGGAGCGCAGAGGGCCGCUGCCAUUGCCAAACAAAAAGCAGAAAUUGCCAAUUCAAGAGCUUCCCAUGCCAGGAGUAAAGGCGAGGCUGCCGAACAGGCCGCUCAAGCUUCCAACAACGAGUCCAGCAUUGCACGUGUAGUGGCCAGAGAACUCUCACCUUCAUUUUAUCAGCCAGGUCCAGAAUACCUAAAGAAGCGAGCACUACAAGAAAUUGCUGAGAGCAAUGAGAAUGCUGACACAGGCAUGCAUGAGUCACUGCUGGCAGAGGAGAUGAUGCCUCCAGAGAGCCCCUUUCUGCACGAAAUGGAGAGCCUGAAGCCCAACAUCAGCCCAGCACGCACACCAUCACCUGAAACUGCCAGCUCUGCUGCCUUAGAUCCUAACCUCCUUGGUCCUGGUAGCUGGAAUGGAGACAGAAGCAAUCGAGGUGGUGGUAGCGGCAGCCGAGGGGGAAGCCGCUCAGGGAGCAGGCAGAGCAGUCGUCCUUCAACUCCUUCAGCGCCAAGCACAGAGGAGCCUGGUGUCACGAAGGGUCCAUCCCGAUCCAACAGCCGCCAAAACACCAAAGCUGAGCAGGGCUCUGAUCUUGAGAUUAAGCCUCUACAGAAGAUGGACUUAGAGUCCAAAGCAGCAGAACCUGCUUCAGCUCCAGUAAGGACCAGCCUCAUCUCCUCUACUGAUGAAGAAGAACCACCUCCUCCUGCCUCCAAAUUGUCCUCUAAAGCAGUGCCUCCAGAACACAAAGCUCCUGAGCAGAGAGCUGAGGGCAGGGAACCUGCACCAGAGCACCCAGCGUCAGUGACAGAGAGUAAGCAGGAGGUCAAGGAAGACACAAAAGUGGCUAACAGAGUUGAAGCUAAGCAAUCUAUUAAACGAGAGCCUAGUCCGGCUCCAAGACGAGAACCAAGCCCGGUUCCAAAACGAGAACCAAGCCCGGCUCCGAGACGAGAACCAAGCCCGGCUCCGAGACGAGAACCUAGCCCAGCUCCGAGACGAGAACCAAGCCCGGCUCCGAGACGAGAACCAAGCCCGGCUGCAAGACGAGAACCAGGCCUGGCUGCAAGACGAGAGCGUAGCCCUGCUCCUAAGCAGGAACGUAGCCUGGCUCCAAGACGAGAACCAAGCCCAGCUCCAAGACGAGACCCUAGCCCGGCUCAGAGAAAAGAAUCUAGCCCGACUUCUAGAAGAGAUCCUAGCCCAGCUCCUAAAGCUGUGCCUAAGCCUGAACCCAAAGUUGUGCCUAAACCAGAGCCUAAAGCUAUUAUCAAACCAGUUACUAAGCCUGCUCCCAAGGUGGAACCCAAAGCUGAGCUGAGACAGAGGGCUUUGGUGAAAUCCCCUGAUGAAGUGACUGAAAUCACAGCACCAGAAGAGGGGCCAAAUACGGUUAUGAUCUGCAUGGUCAUUCUGCUUAAUAUUGGACUGGCCAUUGUUUUUGUUCACAUCCUAUCCUGAUGAAAAGAUGGCCAAGAACAUCUAUACUGAAGAAAGAAGAGAGAGGAGCUGUGAUGGAUGCCACAUGCUCUCCCUUGAGGCUUCACUGAUGUGAUUCAGUCUCAAUAAAGCCCUCUCGAGCCACCUGAAGGACAGUUACUAUGUGUAGUUGGAUUGAAGGAUGACAUACAGUUUCUGUGUCUGACUGCUGGAGAGAGCUUUGCUGUCACAUGAUGGAAAGCGUUUAUCUGUAUUGUGCUGCUUUAAAGAAUGAUUCUUCCCAAAUUAACAGUGCCACUUACUUAAAAGGGCGAAUAUAUUUUAUGCAAAUCGAGUUUUGAUAUCAAGCUUACGGUUUACUACUGAUUAUCAUUCAAAGCCAUAGUUUUUGAUCAGUCUGAGAUCACUGAAUUUGAAGAAGGAAAAAGAGCUGGUGAACAAAAUUGUUUUGUGCUUGUUAACAUCUGACAAAAUGUUUUGAAACUACUGUAUAAGAUGUCUUAAAGUCUCAUAAUAAGGCCUUUUCCUUCAGUUUUCUAGCAUAUAUAUGACAUACAUACAAACUUUGUUCAAGCCUCAUGGUAAAAAAAAAAUCAAUCUGCAACAAAGCCUAUUAACAUAUAAGUCUAAGUUUAAGAAAAAAACAAAGGUCAAGAAUUUCAGUUCACAUGAUGAAGAUGGAAUAGCUGUAAGUGUGUCGUAUGGUUUUGUCUGAUUUUCCUGAGAAAGUUUCUUAUAUUCUUUCUGAAUAUAAAAUCCCACUUCCAUCCAUUACAGUGCCUGAAAUUGUAGGAAAAUUAGCAAAAGCUGAGUUGUUUAGGCUCAAGAAACAUUGUACUGUGAACAUGUUUGGGCUUGCAUACUUAAUUUUUAAAGUGGCAACAUUUAAAUACUCAAACAAAUCUGAUUUUGUAUGCAUGUAUGGUAAGGGUUUUUCUACCUUUCUAAAAUUGUGAUGUUACAUUAUUAGCAAUAUGUGCAUUUGCAAAUAUUGAGGAAUUGCCAUAGAACAGGGGUGACCAAUCAGGAAAGGGCUAGCAUGGCUACAGGGUUUCAUUUCCAGCCAGUGAGGAUCUAUACCUGAUUCCACUUGUUAAAUCAACUGAUUGCGGCCUUGGUUAGUUGGCAUUAAAACCCACACACUGGUCCUUUGUACAUAAGAUAUGCCACCUCAUGCCUUAGAAAAUUGCGAACAUACAUUUUCAUUUAAUGUCCCCCUUUUAGAAAAUGACCUCAAACUAUGCAAUGAAGAAUUGGCUUGGAAUCAAACUCUAGAUUGUUGUUAAA